GGCCUUACCGAAGCAAAACCAGCAUCCGUCACAGUUAUCGUGCACGUUUCUCGUCCUUGCCGUUGGCCUUACGCACGCAUUCGAUCAUGUCCGGAAUGUAUGGUCAGAGCCGUGAAGCGGUGCGAGUGAAAGUGAAGAAAUGCGAGAAGAAUGUCCCUUCGGAAACGAGGAAAUUUAGCGUAGAUCCUCAAAUUACCAACCUUGAGGUGCUGUACUCGCUGCUUGCGAAAGCGUUCGAUUUAAAGACCGACUUUGGCAUCAGCUACAAAGUGAUCGAAGCGAACGGACAAGAAAGCUACCUAGUCGUACUGUCCGACUGGGAUCUGGAAGCUGCCUUCCUGCGGGCCCAUAAUCAAUCCAUCGCUAGCAAGAGUGAACCAUGUCUAAACCUUCGCGUCGAUAUAAAACCCUUCUCGGAAGCUUCGGAAUGGGACGGAAAUGGUACGGCCACAACCACCAGCAUACCGCGCGAAUUGGUAUCGCUACAGCAAUCGAUUGGCGCAGGGCAGAAGUAUGUGCAGAACAAGCUGCCCGGAUUGAUUAUGAACCAGAUGGAGAAAACGUUCUCGAUGGUGCAGCGAGCGUUCAAUCUGGUCGAGGAUCCAUUGCUAACACAACCGAUAAGGCCUCCAUUGGCGGAUGCCGAGUUCCGCAAGCUGCAAGAUUCGGUUGGACAAAUUUUAGCUCCUGAACAGCUGCGCAAAGUGAUCUAUCUCGGUGGAAUCGAUCCUAGCUUGAGGCGCGUUGUGUGGAAACACAUACUGAACGUUUACCCCGAUGGCAUGACGGGUCGCGAACGUAUGGAAUACAUGAAAAAGAAAUCAGCGGAAUACUAUCGAUUGCGUGACGUUUGGCGCAGUACGAUGCAGCGAGGGAACAUCGUCGGUGAGCUAGCGUACGUGACCAGCAUGGUACGGAAGGAUGUCCUGCGCACCGAUCGGCUACACGCGUUCUAUGCCGGCAGCGACGACAACCAGAACAUUGCCGCACUGUUCAACGUGCUCACGACGUACGCACUGAAUCAUCCGGCCGUCAGCUACUGUCAGGGCAUGUCGGACAUUGCCUCACCGUUGCUGGUAACGAUGGGCGAUGAGGCACAGGCGUACAUCUGCUUCUGUGCCAUCAUGGCGCGGCUCAGCUGCAACUUUAUGCUGGAUGGUAUAGCGAUGACGCUCAAGUUUUCCCACCUAUCCGAAGCGCUACAGUACUACGAUCCGGAUUUUUUCGCCUAUCUUAAACAUCACCAGGCAGAUGAUUUGCUAUUCUGUUACCGGUGGCUGCUGUUGGAGAUGAAGCGUGAAUUUGCGUUUGAUGAUGCGCUGCGGAUGUUGGAGGUGCUGUGGAGCUCGUUACCACCGAUGGCACCGAAGGGUGAGUUGGCACUGUACGAACGAGAGUAUGAGCCUCCGCCACCGGAUGAAAGCGCGCAUCCGCCACCCAGUCAAAGUCCUUCGGUAAUGUUGCGAACACCACGGGAAAAUCCUUACACCAAGGUUUGCGCUCUCCGACGGCAGAGUUCGGCCCUGUCGCUCAGCUCGUCCUGUUGCACCUCGACGAAUCCACUCGCGAAUCAAUCGAGCCGGUACGAUCGCUAUGGUGGAGUCGGUGUUGGUGGUCGGCUGGAUGCGUCCCGACGGCUUAAUCUUAGCUUGGAUGAGAAUAUAACGCGGGAAAACAUUUACUCUACCAAGGUGGGACACGUGCAAAAGGUACACCAGAGCUUGGAUGAAGCAAAGAUCGCUCUGGUGAAGCAGCGAAAGAUCGUGAGAAGCGUUGGUGAUGACGAUAACAUACAGGAAGGGUUCGAAAUGACACAAGGUGCAGUCCCGGGUGAGGAUGACAAUGCAACCGAUGUAGAGGACAGUGUGUUCCAUUCACCGCAACAUCAGCCUGCCACAAAAGGAGGCAGCAGCACCAGCAAAACGAAUCCUUUUAUUGACGGAUCGAUGGAAAGUGUUUCCACGCAGGAGCCGGUCGUUGAAGAGUUUAAAACCGAAUCUUCAACUCCCGGCACGAACAGCAGCAGUGCGGCCAGCAGUGUACGAAACUCGCCCGUAAUAGGACGCAGUCGAAGUCUUUUCUCAACGUCCGCCGCCACGGGGAAAAUGAUCGCACGACAACUAAGCAAUCAAAAGAAACAUUUCACUUCUACGGCCGGUGGUAGUUCGAGUGGUGGUGGAACGGGUGGGGUAGGACAUUUUCACGACCUCAAAGAAAAGCUUGCCGCAAGUCGGAAAGGCAUUUUUGCUUCACUCGACAAAUCACAGCAUAGUCUGGACGGUGGAAGUACUACGCUGGUAGACGGAACAGUAACGGCACGAUCAAACCAACAGGUAGAAAAAUCGAAACCAAAAUUGGUGAAAAAUUUCAAUGAGUUCCUUAACUUUGCCGCGAUUAACAAGAGCCGCAUUAGCGAUCGUUUGGUAACGAAAAAGAUGCUUUCGAACAAUGCAAAUAAUAGCUGUUCGAUCGAUUCUACCACCAGCAGCUACACGACGACCACGACCACCGGUGGGAUGGGAGUUGGUGAGGUAUCGCGGGACGAUUCAACGGAAACGAUCGAAUACAAUGAGCUGAAACCGAAACCCGUCAUCAAGCUGACAAAAUCAUCGUUUGAUGAUUCCGAUUCUUCCGCAACAAGUGUAGGUAUGGGGAUGGAUUCGAUCGCAACAACCACAGCACUUUCCCGAUCGAGCGAUAAUAGUAGCUUUAUUGUGGACGAUAGUUCUACUUCCGCUUCGCCAAUACACAUCCGACGCGAAGAACCGGACCAACCGGUUGCGAAUCCUCGUCCAACGGACUUGUUUGUAGUCGGGUCUUCCGCCAUAGUUGCGGCCGGAGGAGAUGGUAGCAGUCCGGAUGAUUCGCAAGAAUACUUCCCGAUGACAACGUCCAUGACGCGGGAAUUACGACUAGAAUUGGAAAAUCUCGAUCGACACGUGUUCGGGAACGAUUUCCACAGCAAGCAGCAACGCUUUUAUACGCUCAGCAGUUGUAUAGAUCUGGAAACGCCUCCCGAAAGUGGUGACUCCGCAAUGGCACCGAUCGAGCCAGCCGGUACCAAUCGUACAACAAUCGCCUACAGCAAGCUCGACAAUAAUGGCAGCAGUUUACCGCGCACACUAGAAGCGAUGGAAAUUGAAUCAAUUGAUGAAAUCUGUGAUCGUUCCCCGGGCGAACAAGCAGGAACCGAGGAGACCCGAAAGGAAGACACCGUAGUACGGUACCGGGAGAAACCGGGUCGACGGCGCACGGGAGGAGGAGCAACCGGGAGCAUUGUGAGCGAAAAUCGAGACAGCAAACGUAUCAGCACGUCCAGUGCCAACGUUAGCAGCGAUGUGUUUGUGUGGGAAAACCCACUACACCAGGAGUGUGGGGAUGACGAUGGCGAACAGGUAAGUCCGGUAUCGGGUGGUAUGGUAACGGGCGAGGUGACGCAGAUACAGCAGCGUACGGCAACGACACCGGACGAACAUCCGGAGCUAGAGUACGAUGGGGAAAUUAUAGAGGAAACGACACUGGGCAAGAAAUCCGUCACACCGAUACGGUUGGUUCGAAAAAAUGGCGACCGUUCGGUGCCGGGUUCGGCACGGAAUUCGAUGAUUUUGCCCGAUUCUUCCGACUCGUCGGAUGAUUCCCCGCUAUCGAGAUCACCCGCAGCGGUAAAGUUUAAAUUUCAUCCCAACAAUCCUUUCUUCGAUGCUGCUUCGAAUGCGAUCGAUAACCGACCGACGGCUCUGUUGCAUAUGGCCCACGAUGAUGCCGGUGAGGGGGAACUGUUAGAACAGGGUACGGAAGCUUCCGGUGUUUCACCGGUAAAUGUACAGGCCACAGAAAGUGUUGCUGCGGGGUCGUCUCAACCGGAAGUAUUAGCUUCUCCAACAAUCAUCUCUUCACUUCCGCUCGAACCAGGUGCGCUUGAUGUGAACUUUGGUGAGUCUGGACCAACUGGAAUCGGCUCAGUUCCACUGCCCCCCACAAGCACCAUUCCUAGUAUGAAAGUGGCGGGAGUUCUACCACCACCGCAAGAGUUCGGUGGCGGCAAUCCGUUCCUUAUGUUUCUUUGCCUAACAAUACUGCUGCAGCAUCGUGACUACAUCAUGAAAACGGGGAUGGACUACAACGAGAUGGCAAUGCAUUUCGAUAAGAUGGUACGCAAGCACAAUGUAACACGCGUACUAAACCAGGCUCGCCAGAUGUAUGCUGAAUAUCGGCGGAUGUACCAGCAGCAGCUGAUGGCGAGCGGUGGUGGGGGCAAGAGUAGUUUGCCAGGUUCUGUAUCGAUGAUGGCAAACAGCUACCACGGGAGCAUGAGUCUCGGUAGUGGUGUUUCCGGAUCAGAUUUGCUCGCCCGAAAAGCGUCGGCACCGGAAGUUAGCUCGGCACGUCGAAAUACUGGCGGUGAUUUGACGCUCGUGACGUAG